AUGCAAGAAUUGGAUAAGGGAAGUAAUAAUAAAAAUGGACUAAUGAAGAAAGUAAUACAGCUGGAUAACAAUCAAUGGGAAAUAAUAACCGUUAGUAGCAAGAAAAUGGACGAAACCAAGAUGAACACUGAAAAGGAAACAAAAGAAAAAGGAGAUGAAAAAAUACUUAUAGGAGGGGAUUUUAACGCAAGAUUGGACGAUAAGGGGACAAGAAUAAUAGAUAAAGAAAAUGGAGAGAAAAAAGGAUCAAAAGACAAAGCAAAUAACAAAGAGGGGAAAAUAUUGUGGAAGAUUAUAGAAGACAUUUACAUAUGGAAAGGGAGGAAUAAUGGAUGGAACGGAGAAUGUAGUGAAUUGAAGAAAAAAGCAAAGGAAAAAUUAAGAAAAUGGAAGAAUAACAAGGGAAGGAAAAAAGAAAAGAAAAUGAGAAAAACGAGGAGAAGAAGAGAAGACAAUAAAGUCCCUGAAAACAGAAGAAGUAUGGAGAUAUAUAAACAAGGAACGGAGAAAGAAGACCGAAGUCAGUACGAAAAUCAAGAUAAGAUUGAUUUUGCCAAAUAA